CUUCACUCCGCCUCACUGCCUUCUUCUCAGCACCCUCUUCGCUUCGCGGAUAAGAAGCGCAGCCAAAGCCCCCCUCCGCCCAAAACCCCACCGGGAGCUCUCCUCGCGCCGCCCGCCCAUGGCCACCACCGCCGCCGCCUCCUCCUCCUCCCUCACCGCCCCUCUUCUCGGCCCCAACCCCAGCCCGAACCCGGCCCCCAGAUCCCUCCCGCUCCCCAGGAACCGGAGGUGCGCUCGGUCCGUGGCCGCCGCUGCCGGUGCCGGCGGCGGCGGGUUCGGAAUGCACGGGGCUGCGCAGAGGCGCGGGAUUUGGUCGAUCAGGGAUGACUUGCUGAUGCCGAGGUCGCCCUACUUCCCCGUGGAGGCCGCCGGGGAGCGCGGGCCCUCGCCCAUGGUGAUGGAGCGGUUCCAGAGCGUCGUCAGCCAGCUCUUCCAGCAUAGGAUUAUCCGGUGCGGCGGUCCUGUGGAGGACGACAUGGCCAAUGUUAUCGUUGCGCAGCUGCUGUACCUGGAUGCCAUGGAUCCCAACAAGGAUAUCAUUAUGUAUGUGAACUCUCCAGGAGGAUCAGUGACAGCUGGGAUGGCCAUAUUUGAUACAAUGAAGCAUAUCAGGCCUGAUGUUGCCACAGUUUGUAUUGGACUUGCUGCAAGUAUGGGUGCUUUUCUACUUAGCGGUGGAACAAAAGGGAAGAGAUACAGCUUACCUAACUCAAGAAUAAUGAUCCAUCAACCUCUUGGAGGAGCCCAAGGCCAAGAGACUGACCUUGAGAUCCAGGCCAAUGAGAUGCUGCACCACAAGGCCAACUUGAACGGGUACCUAUCGUACCACACCGGACAGCCCCUGGAUAAGAUCAACGUAGAUACUGACCGUGAUUUCUUCAUGAGCGCGAAAGAGGCAAAGGAGUAUGGCCUUAUUGAUGGAGUAAUCACAAACCCUCUUAAAGCGCUUCAGCCACUUCCAGCUUCCAGUUAGCGCAGCUAGAUGUUUUUUUUUUUUAUGUUGCAACCUAUUUUUGUUGGGAUCUUUUGGAGCUGUAUUUGUACCACGCUGUUCUGGUUAGUCUGGCUAGAUGUUGUAAUUUCACAUCAUGAAGCGUCAGAGUAUGUACGAAACAGUUGCACUACUA